CCCUUAUUUCCGAAACCGCGGAGUUUUGGGAGCUUCGAGGGUUGUCGUGACGUAGUGACUGGUAGUUUUUUGUCUAGUCUGCUGCAGAGUGGUUCUGUGUUCUGGGUUGUGUUGUUCUUUUUCGAGGUGCUGCUGUGAUUUGAAUAGGUUAUUGCUGUGUGUUGUCAUGGAGAGGUGCCGAGUUCUUUGUUUGUUUGAGAUCGUGAAUGAGUGUUUUUUCCUUCACGUAUCCUCGACAACGCUGUAGCUAAGUGUGAAGAAAAUCGUUUUAGAAGUUAUGGAGAUUCUUGACGAGGCGAGGGUUUGCUUAGCUUUCACAGUGCGCAUGCGACCCGACGAGCCUACUACAGUUAUAGAGGAUGUGAGCAGUUUUGCGAAGUUGUUUGAAUUAAUGGGAUAAAAUUUGAGAAGGAACUUGAGCGAUGACAGAUUUGUCGAGAUAAUUUUUCUCCACUAUAGUUCUCUUAAUUUCAUCCCUCGCUUGUCUAGGCAAUCGAACGUUCAGAUUAUUCGCAUUUCUUGCGUGAAAACCUUUUCGGUGUGUUCUGCAAGUGUCUCACUCAGAGACGUUGGGUUUGUGUCUUUUUGCAGCUAAGAGAUUGGAGUGCGGCGUCCAUUUUUGAGGCGAAUUCUCCAUUUGAUUCAUCUGGUGGAGACAAGUAUAUUCAUUAGAUGAAUUGAUCGACUGCUAUAGUGGAGCACAGAAGUCGGCAAAAGUGGGUCAGGCGAGGAUGGCAUACUCACGAUAUCGUCAUGUUUUUGGCUGCUCUCCGUUACAUGAUAUGUCGCGAACCUCCAUUAAACGAGUGUUAGCAAUAUUGAUGCUAUGGGCAGCGACUAUGGGCCCUUUGACGACCAUGGCGCAACAGAAUUACAACGACACAGAGGGAUACGCAUGCAAUGCAGCACCGUCUUCGACGUCAUGCAGCACUUUCGCCUUCUAUAGGACCUUCCAGGCAGGGGAGUCACUACGAAAAGUUGGAGACUACUUCAACAAAACUGCUGCAGCCGUUGCCAAUGUGAGUGGGAUGAACCUACUGUCCACAACUGCUUCUCUUAAGCAGACGCAAGCCCUCUACGUCCCCUUGGACUGCAGAUGCCUGAACGCAAGGUCCCAAAUGCAGGUUUCCCACACUAUCGUAAAGGGGGACACCUUCUGGCUGUUGUCUGUUACCGAGUAUGGGGGUCUGACAAGGUACCAGGCCAUGAUGGCUUCGAAUCCGUCCAAGGACGUGUAUAACCUCACAAUUGGCGACACAAUAACGGUGCCGAUAUUCUGUGCAUGUCCAACUGCGGCGCAGGUUGCGAAUGGGACGAAUUAUUUGGUCACGACCACUGUGUACCCUUCUGAAACGCUCGACAUUAUCAGUGCACGGUUCGGCAUCUCGACGACAGAUCUCAGCAGGGCGAACAACGUGAACUCGUCGUCGAUCCUGGAUGUGAACACCACUCUGCUCGUCCCGCUUGCGACUUUACCGCCACUGGCAACCAUGGAUUGGGCUCCGGUUACCUCUCAGCCUCCGCCGAGUCCACCUGCAACUGUAGCGUCGCCGAAUGCUGCACCUGCAGUGAUUACGAAAUCGGCAUCGCAGACACCACUCUACAUCGGAAUCGCGGUUGGAGCGUUUGGUUUGACCUUGGCGGCGGUGUUUGCAUUACUGCUUUUGUUCAAGGCAUCCCGAAAUUCAGGGACGAAACCCAAAGACCUGUACGAGAGCCAUGAGUACUAUCAUCCUGCACCCACCGGCUCAACGAGAAGCACGGAAGAAAUGAAGCGCCCGAACAUGGUACAUCUUGAGUUGCUCGCAGGCAUGUCGGACAUGGUCGGGUCAGAGAAGCCAGUCUUGCUUUCACAUGAAGAGAUUCAAUCUGCCACUCAAGGCUUCAGUCCAGAGAAUUUCAUUCAAGGAUCGGUGUACAAAGGCUGUAUCAACGGUCAGCUUGUUGCAAUCAAGCAGAUGAAGGGGAACAUGACCCAGGAGCUCAAAAUCCUUUGCCAAGUCCACCACAGCAAUCUAGUGAAGCUGGUGGGGCUGUGCGUGGGCGGGUCAGAAAAUUUGUACCUCGUGUAUGAGUAUGCCAAACAUGGAUCCCUCAACGAUUGCCUGCGGAACCAAGCCGCAAUCGGCCGCACCACAUUCUCUCAAAGCGCAGCUUAUCUACCGUGGUGUUCACGAGUGCGAAUUGCUCUCGAUGUAGCUUCUGGGCUAGAGUACAUCCACAACUACACAAACCCUAGCUUCGUACACAAAGACGUGAAGACCAGCAACAUCCUCCUGGACGAGAACUUCCGUGCCAAAGUGGCCAAUUUCGGCAUGGCCAAAUCCGCGGCCAGCGCCGACGCGGGGCCUUUACUGACCCGCCACAUCACCGGCACGCAGGGCUACAUGGCGCCCGAGUACCUGGAGCACGGUCUCGUAACCGUGAAGGCGGACGUCUAUGCCUUCGGGGUGGUGGUCUUGGAGAUCCUCUCCGGCAAGGAAGCAGUUGUGCGCCCGGAGAAAGAUGAGGAGGAGCAGGGUGUGAAGGAACGAGCGUUAUCAGACAUCAUCGUCGAUGUCCUCAAUGCAGGCACCGCGGAGCUGCAAACGGAGCAGCUCCGGAAGUUCAUUGACCCGCAGCUGCACUCCGCCUACCCCAUAGAGAUUGCUUCCAGCAUCGCCAGCCUGGCCAUGACAUGCAUCGAUCCCGAUCCCGCCGUGCGACCCAGCAUGAAGGACGUCACAUUCGCCCUGUCGAAGAUGUUAGCGGCAUCACUAGAAUGGGAGUCUACAGCUGAGUACGGCUCAGGCAUGUCCACCGUCCCCAUCGAAGCUCGGUAAUCCCACAACCGACACCGUUAAACUCUACGCCGACAUCGAUCUGCCCCCAACUAUCGGCAGUGAUGGAUCGGCUUCUUCCGCCGGUGGCGCACCUAAACAUCACUUGGCUUGUCUUCGGUCACUGCACUGCACUGCACUGCACCGCACCAAGUCCAUGACUGCUUUGUAGCUGGAGAGCUGGACUUGGGUAGGGAUGCAAUAUCCUUCCUUAUCUAUCUAUCUAUCUAUCUAGCUAUCUAUAUACAUAUCUGUAGGAACUUAGAUACGUUGAGGAUUUGAUUCGACCCCGAGCUGCGCAGUCGAUGCGUGCAUUCGGCGCUGUGUGUUUCAUCAUCUCGCAGCUGCCACUGGCGGUGAGGUCCAUGACCGCGCGCGGUGAUAAUUCCUCUUCCUGUCUCCGUGGCUCGGUGGGUUGCAAGGGUUUCGCCGCCGCUGUCGCACGCUGUGACGUCAAAAUGUAUAUUUAGUGUUUGGAAACGUAAAAUUCCUCCACACCCCCACCCUUCUACUUCUUUUAAGAAGUAACUCGUUUUGUUGGGUUGUUUGACAUUGGACUACUUUUUUUUUUUAAAGUUUUUCUUUCAAAAAUCAAAAAAUCAAAAUUAUGGAUUUA